CUUCCAGUACUGACAUAACCAAUCCUCUUACAAUAGCUGCGGUGCAUCUAGAAAGUAUUGCGAAAAGGCAAUUCACCAACACGGAAGGAAAACGCAGCAAAGACAAACGUAAAGGAGAAAAACCUUCCAAAAGUAAAUCAAAUAUAUUUAAUAUAGAUAGUGAUAGUUCGACUAAUGGAUUUAGUAAAAUACAUCAAAAGCACGAUCCGUAUUUUUCCCUCUUCAAAGGCUGUGAUUUCAAUCAAAGUAGUGUUUGCGAGACUUUCGCUCUUCCCCCUCCGAAACAAUUUAGAGAUUUAGAGUCACCGUCAAGUUCUGUAACUAACGGCACUAACGAAGAAGAAAUCAACGCAGUAGAUAAUCUUUUAUACCAUGUCGUAGAUACCCAAACGAAUCUCGAGAGAAUACCAAGUCAAUUUAAUUUGAAACCACAAGAUGAGACUGAAGAUUUCCAUUUUUUUAAAGACAACACCGAGUCCCUUAAAAUAUUCCUGAAGGCCAAAAAAGAAUUCAAAAGUCAAUUAAGCUUUCCGGGCUUAUUAUAUUCAGAUUUGAAUUCUUUUGCUUCCACCGUUCCCUAUUUUCACAUCAGCGAUGAAUUCAGGAUAUUUUCUCCGGAAGGUAUGCAUUUAGUCGUUUGCGUGCAUGGUUUGGAUGGAAAUUCGGCGGACCUGAGACUUGUCAAGACUUAUUUAGAAUUAGGAUUACCAGGAGCCUAUUUGGAUUUUCUGAUGUCGUCGGGAAAUCAGGGAGAUACAUUCAGCGACUUCGACACAAUGACUGAUCG